CUUUCAUUAGGCUUCCGUUAGUUUUCCGAGUAAACCGCCGACCAGAAAAGCAAGGCGAAGAUGAUGGGAGGGCAAAUCCAGAUUGGGUCAAAGCCUCAGAUUAGUAUCUAUAGGAGAAGACCAAGACAGAUUUCUGAAGACAAGGAUGCGGAUUGCUGCUUGGUGAAGAGAAGGAGAUUAUUGAACAGGUGUGAGCGCAGUAGCUUGUUAAUGAUUGACAGAAUCAGUGAGUUGCCUUGUGAAAUUCUGGUUAAUGUGUUGUCUCUAUUGCCGCUAAAGGAAGCAGCAGGCACGAGUGUUCUUUCUAGGAGAUGGCGUCAUGUGUGGGAGUCUACUAUGAAGCUCAACUUUGAUUCUAGUACUUAUGUAUCGCGUCGUAAUGACCAGGAUUUUGUUUUGAAUUUCAUGCACUUGGAAGAAAAAUUGAAACAUGAACACAUGGAUAGCUAUGUCAAUUGGGUGAAUCGGAUUGUGGAACGUCACAGAGGCUCAAAGAUUAAACAAUUCAGGGCUUGCUUUUUUCUGGGUUUGCGGUGUUCGUAUAGUAUUGAUGGGUGGAUUCGAUUUGCAGCCGAGAAGAGUGUUGAACUACUUGAACUGGACCUUUCUCCAGGCACUUUGUUUCCUCUUGAUGCCAAAAAUUCAGUCCCCUGCUAUCGAAAAGACGGAUUUUCUCAAUAUCAAUUUUGUGUUGAGAAACAAUCUGCUUUGGGACAACAGUGUUCUCAUAUUCCAAAUCUGAGCUCUCGUGUACCCGAUAUUCGUUUCAAGUCCCUCAAAGUCCUUCACUUGAGAAAUGUUGGUGUUACGGGAGAAGUUUUGGAGUAUCUCUUGUCUGACUGUCCUGUUCUUGAAAAAUUAACAGUGAGCGUCUCCAAAAACUUGGUUAGUUUAAGAGUCGCCGGUCCAUCAAUUGCAUUGAAGUAUCUGAGGAUAGAAAAUUGUACUAACAUCAAAAGAGUUGAGAUUAGUGAUGCGAACAUUAUUUCGUUUAGUUAUUUUGGAUAUGGUGUGGUAGAGUUGCUGCUCAGUAAUCUACCAAUGUUGGUUGAUGUAUCCCUUGUUAAGUUGUUCCACAUACCUGAUUGUAUAAAUCUUGCUUUCACCCAGCUUUCAAGUUACGUUUCUCAGAUCCAAUUUAUGACCCUGGACAUUAAGGGAGUGAUGUUUGAGGAUCUUACAAUUCCUACACUAGCAAAUCUCAAAUAUCUGGAACUAAUAGUUCAUCCAGGAUAUAAUUGGUGUCUUUAUCAGUUGUCUUCUUUCUUGAAGGCUUCUCCUUACCUGACAAGACUUGUAUUGAAGUUCGUUUACUGGACAUAUUUGGAACCUGAAGAAUCAAAAGAAGUUAUCGAAUGCCAUCAUUGUAACCUCAAGGAUGUCGAAAUAGUUGGAUAUCGGGGUAUUACAAGUGUUAUUCAACAUGUCACUUACCUUGUACAAAUUGCUGUUGCGCUGGAGAAACUUGUUAUCGACCCUACUCAGCUUAGACGGUUGCCUCCUAAUGUGGAUAGGGAAAUUGAACAUUCUAGAGUGGAAAAAGAAGCAAGAGAUCAUGCAAAGCAGUAUCUUAUACCAAAAUUGAAUUUAUCUUCAUCUGCAGAAUUUGUAUGCCUGUAGUAAGUGUUGGGUGUAAUCUUUUUAAAUUUGGCUUUGCCUCUUUGAAUGAAUGAGAGACUUUGUAUGCCUAUAGUAAAGUAGUUGAUUUAUCGAGAUUGUUAGCCUAAAGCUUUUAUUCAUUUGGUCAAGUAGUUAGUACUUUGGGAGGUUCUA